CCCGCAUUUGCUUCAGACGUCCCAAUUUUCAUAGGAGAAAUGUUGGGAGAGCUAUGCAUCCCCUGAGCCAUAAGAAACUGUUAGAAGACACCUGAAUAUUAAACGUUAAAAAUGUUUAGUAUUUUGUUUUUAUCUAUGUUGGAAGCUGCCCGGAGUGGCUGGGGUAUAAAUAAUAAAAUGGACUAUUAGUAUUAUGGAAUAGGACGUCCCUAUUUCCAUCGGAGAAAUGUUGGGAGGGUAGGUAUGAACGUUAUGGUUUCUGCACCACAGUUCUGAUGCAUGAGGUUAAGCGACCGGUGGUCCAGCGGGCUCCAUGGCUGAGCGGAGAUUUGUUCCUGGCUCUUCGCGCGAAUAGCAGCGGCAGCGGUAGCAUCACUCCCGUCCUUCUAGCACAUCCCACCCACAUGACUAGCGAAACGAAGCAUUGCAACCGUGUGCACUUGCUCGGGAGGGCGCCCAGCUGCUUUGCUGCUGCUGUUCUCGCGCGUUCUUUCUUCGCUCGCGGACUGUUUUUCAGCGCGGAGAAGGAGGAGGAGGAGAAGAAGAAGAAGAAGAAGACGAGGAGGAGGCGGGCUCAGCCGAGCCGCCUGCCUGCCUGCCUGCCUUUCCCUCCGCCCUUCUGCCGCGAGGCGUGGCUGAGUCUUCCCUUUCGCCAUGAUGAACAAAUGACCUCGCGGGGAAUGAAAUUUAAAUUCCGCAAAGGCGAGAGAGUUCUCUGCUUCGAGCCGGACCCGACCAAGGCGAAGGUGCUCUAUGAUGCCAAGGUGAGGAGGAUUCCUCCGCCGGGAGGGAGGGCGGGCACGCGCGCCUGGCCGUCUCGCCCCCCCCUUCCCGUGCGCGCGCGCGCGGUACCCCCCUCCUCCUAGCAAGCCGCCCAGUAACGGAAGCGGCGGCCUCUUUCUUCGGUGGCGCUUCCGGGUGUUGCAGCUGUUUCCUUUCCCCUCUGGGUGGCGGGGGAGCCCAGCUCUGUUUGGCUGCCCCCCAACCCCGCAACUCACCCUCGCCCCACAGCCAUUUGAGGGAAGAGAGGGGCUUAGGAGCAAAGCAGCUUCCCAUGGGCUCCUCCACCUCGCUUGGACCCAGCUAAAGGGAAACAUAUUAUUGGGGCAUAUAUUAUUUUAUUUUGCUCCAUUGCACAUACCGUUGAACGAGAAAGGAGACAACGCAAAAUAGGCGCCAGUCCUCCUGCUCUCCCCCCCACCCCAGUCUCUUCGUCGUAUUUUGACGCUUUUCUAGUAUAGGUUACCUGGUUACCAGGGGCUGUCCUUUUAAGGGACAACUUGACACACGUGUCUGUGGGGUAACCGCGUGCCAAGUUGGCUGCCCGUGUUCUCUUGAGGGAAGAGGUGGGUCUUACCAGCGCCUGGAGAUUUCUCGGAUCAGGUGCAGGGAAUGUGGGAAAAUUGUCCCCACUUCUUAAAAGACAAUACAGACCACCCUGUUUACUACGGGCUGGCUCUAUUCUGUAGCUGUAGAACAACCCUAACCAUAUCAGCUUAGAAGUAAGCCAUACCGAGUUCAGCGGGGCUUAUUCCCAGGUAAACGGAGAUUGCAUUUUAUGGCCUGGUCUGUUCACCGAAUAUUAUCAGCUCAAGCUGCUGCAAAGGUUAUAUAGAAGGCUGCAGUUGUGCCUUUCUGCACAGCAAGGCCAAUUCCAUUGUUCUCCAUAGGAGAGAAAGGCCUUCCCAAUGACUUCUUAGCUGUGGGCUUCCUAUGAGAAAGCUGGUUUAUUUUGGCAACACUAGAAACAAAUAUCUCACUUCCAUGCUAAUUUACUUGGAAGUAAUAUUUAUCCAAGUGUUACAUAUUCUUAAAAGCCACAUGUGGAAAUCGCUUCUAUGUAGUAAAUGGCAUGUAACUCAAGUUCAGUUUAUUCACUGACUGCAGAGGCACUGGACAGCAUGACCCUUUGCAGCUAACCAGAGUGUGGUACUUGGGUGUUCAGGCAGAAAAACAAAACUGCUUCAUGCAUUUUGUAAUGUUUGAACUGGACCCAAGUUUGGACAAUGAAGGCACUACCAACUUUUUAGCAUGGUUGGAUUUGUUGUAUACGUAUUCAAUACGGACUUUCUACACCCUCCCCAUGCAUUGAAAAUCAAAGACCUUUAAUAAAAGGGCAUAGCAUAAAUAAUCUUGUUUAUAGUGAAUGAGAACUGCUUUUUUAAAAAAAAAAUACUUUGUUUUAUAGUAAUAUUUAUAAGCUAUAAAUAUUACUAUAUUUAUAGCUUGUAUAAAACAUUUAAGGUAAUCUAUAUAUUGAAACAAACUGGUAGGAUAAUUCUUUGCCUUCUACCUAGCAGUUUAUGAGAGGUUUCUUCGAUGUGUAGGCCUGAAAACAAUAUAUUUGGCUGUAAUCUCAAGCAUAUUUGAAACCAUUUCAAAUGCUUGAAAAUUAUAUUGCAAAAUAGCUCAGGACUGCAGCUUAAUACUGAAUACAUUGACGGCAAAUCCCUGGUAUGUACACCAGAUCCUUCCAAUUCCUGUUAGUCCAAACCAGAUUAUGCAGCCAAAUUUUGUGUAUACUGUAUUUAGUUGGAAGUGAGCCUUGGUGAAAGAUAUGUAGACUCGUGUGCUUAGGAUUGUAGCCAUAAACUCUAUAGGGAACUGCAAAGGAAAUAACUGGAAAAACUGUUAUAUUGCUUUUAUACUCUGCAGCCUAAUCUUAUGCAGAGUUCGUCACAUCUAAGUCCUUGAAAUCAAAGGGCUUUAGUAUACUUAACCCUGCAUAUUGUUGUGGUGGUAUUUCCCCCCCUGUUUUGUGGCUUUUGAAUGGAAUUCAUUUGCUUUUUAAAAUGGAUCUUCAGUGGCAGGCACACUGUUCAGCAAAACGCCUGCCAAGCUAGCUGCACCUGUCACCACCUUUGUUUCCCAGAGUGCGUCUAGUUCAGGCACCCUGGAAAACAAAGAUGGUAGCAGGUGAAUAUAGCUAGAGUCAGCUCAGGAGUUUCACUGCAGCUACAACAGGACAGAGAAACUAUUGCCCUACAUGAUGCCACCUGGUAAGGGGAUGGGGGGGGGAAGCAGAGUGAAACUAGCAUUUACCUUGCUAUUAUUUCUUUACACAAACACCCCCACCCCCUUGCCAAGCUGGUGUCGGGAAAAGCAGGGUUGUUUUCUUUUUAAUUUAUUUUUUAAAAGGUGUGAGCAGACUCCAUCACUUGUCUGAAUAGCACACCAUUGUGUGCUAUCUGGUGAGUCGGGGGUGACAGCAGGCUGGGCAGUUUCCCUCAUCCCAGCUUGCCAGAUGGUGUAUCAGAAAGGGAGAAGAUUAUUUCUUUGUUGUAAAAAAAAGGAAAAGAAAAAUAAGUUCUGAUUAAAGGAAAGGAGGGUCAAUUCUUGAUGACACCUGAUGGGGGUGGGGUGGGGGGAGCACCAGGACGAGGGUAGUGUGGAGUGUGGGGGGGUUUGACAGCUCCCAUAGGAAGUGAUGAUGGAGAAGAGUUUCAGCACACGGUGGUGCAGAAGCAAACAGCCACAGUAUGCACAAUCAGGUUCUUCCUCUUUUCUGCAUUGGUUUCCUCACUCAGUCUUCUCUCCUCUGUUUAUGACAAGUGCCUGAUUGACUUUGAUCUGCAAAUGUUUUGCCCAUCACAGCCCUAUUUUCAAAACACCCCUGGCACAAGUUUCAUAGAUCUGGUAACAGUGUUAGAAACUGAGAUAUGAAAGCUAGGAGCUAAAUGGCACCUUAAACCUAGGUUUAACAGAAUGUCUAGGCAUGCUUUUUAAAAAUAACAAUAAUACAAAGCUGAAAAUGAAUGAACUGCAGCUAAAAUAUUACGUUCAUUUUUCACAUGGUCUAGUCCUUCCCCUGCCCACUCCUAAUAUUCUUAAGAGGGUCUCUUCUCCAGUCAUCAGAGAGUAGCUGGACGUACAGAGGCAGAAAAGGCCCUCUUUUCUUUCCACUCUGCAGUUUUAAUCUGAAAUCUUAGGUGCAGUACUGCGCCCAGAGCUCAGAAACUGCUCGCACUAAUGAAAUUCCCUGUCACAAAAUGCACCUAGAACAAUGGGCGUUUCAAACAAUGUCUGGCAAUACUGGUUAUUAAUAAAGCUACCAUCUUCUAUUCCCAUUUUCCUGGGAGCAAGACCCAUUAAACUCAAUGGCAUGUUUUGAAUUGUACUGUUAAGGCUGGAAAAGUACAAAGGUGUGAAACAAUGUCAAGGUGUUUGCUUUGUUUUUACUCAGUUCAGUGGGAAGUGGGGGAAGAAGCAGAGUGGCCAGGAUGGUGCAGGUGAGAGACAGACUACAGUGGCAUAGGGCUCCCAGAUGAUGUCCAGCCCAGGGUUUCCUCAUAUUGUAUGUAGCAGCACCACUGGCUACACUCACCAGUUACAUUCUGCCUACUCCCUCGGCAAAAACUGCAGUUCCUAAGUGCAGGUGUCUGCGGUUUCUUCUGCAGGAUUUGAAUACAGCACAAGUUCCUUUCUUAGUAUGGGCUAGAAAUCCAGUCUCUGAAGUGUUGUGACAAAUAGCAAUUGGUGCUCCAUCCUCAAAACAAAUAAUGCAUUUGAAAAGAGAGCCGCUCAACAAUUCCCUACACAUUCUCAGACACUAAAUGUAUUGUCUCUGGGUGGUAUUCUUGGCUUGGUUCCCCAACUCCUUUCUGAGACAGCAGUACUAUUGCCUUCACAUAUGAUAUUGUCUGUAAGCCUUCAAAAUAAACAAGCUUACUUGGAAAUGAAACUAAUUCUCUUGGUCUGAAGUACGAACCUGUAGAAUCUCUUCCCAUGUUUAUAUAAUAAUGCACAAAUGUUUAUAAUUUCAGAUUGUUGACAUUGUUAUUGGAAAGGAUGAGAAAGGAAGAAAGAUUCCAGAAUAUCUGAUCCAUUUUAAUGGUUGGAACCGAAGGUGAGGAUGUAUUUAGUGCAUUGUGCAUAGUGCUGCAAGUUCUUUUAAUAAUUCACGAAUAAAUAAAAUGUCAAAUAAUCACACCUUUGCAGGGAUUGGUACCUGUAAUGCCCUCCUGAAAGUCAGUCAGCAGUUUUAAUCAUGCUUAUCUUGAAAUAAAUGUCACUAAAAUUGGACUUGCUCCUGAAUAACGAUGUCCAUGGCCAGAUUGUGAGGACCUGCCAUCAGUGUAAGCGGAGGCAUGCCAACUUAACUGCUUUGUGCAAUAUUUUGUGCAUCCACUCAUACAAAAAAUGUAUGCAUGAUCUCACUAACUUGGCUAUCAAACUAAAAACCAACAUUAACUAAAUCCCAAUUAGCCUUUUAAUUAUGAACUGACCUGAAAUCAUAUGUAUUGUUUCAAAUACUACUUCCUACUGUACUACUGUAAUCUUAUAUUCUCAUGCUUUUUUUUUUUUAAUACUCAGUUGGGACAGAUGGGCAGCUGAAGAUCAUGUUCUUCGUGACUCUGAUGAAAACCGCAGAUUACAACGUAGAUUGGCAAGGAAAGCUGUGGCUCGCAUGUAAGGAUCAAACAAAGUUUGCACCAAUAGUAAUAUCUGUUAAAUGCAUACUCCUUUUACAUACAAUUGUGACUUUAUACCUGCUGAGGUAGAUGUAGCUAUUCUGUACUUCCAGGUGAUUUUUUUUACUAAGCUUUUCACUAAACUCUUUUUAGCACAUUUGGUGGAAGUCCAUCUGUUCUCAUUGGGAAUUCUUAAAAGGAAAAAAGCUCCAAAAGCUAAAAUUCUUAAAACGUCCUAUCCCUAGUAGUCAGAACAGUUGUGAUGGGUGACAGGCUUAUUAGUGCUUUGCCCUAUGCUUUUUUUAUUAAUUCUGCCCCUCUUUUGUGAUUUAUUUAGCUAUAGCUAAUUUUUUUAAGCAAUACCUUUUGUUUUCAUGAGAGAAGCCGCAUAGCUAUAUAGGUGAAGGACCCCACCCCCCAGCAAUAGCGGGAGCUACUGCUUUUAUAGCUUGCUAUUCUCCUUGGUAGUGAGAAAAGGCACCAGCAAACCAGUCUCAGUCUUCUCUCAACCCAUUGCUGCAGUAGUCCUUAAAAAACUAGAAUUGAAACUCCAGGAUCAAAUCAUAGCUUCUGCUUUACAUGGCAAGCACUAAUCAUAGUUAACCGGUUUGGGUGAAUGAGUAAACUAUGGUUUACUGCCAGCAAGGGAGGGGAUUGCAGCACACCAGGAAAGGAGGAAGCAUAUGAUAAUAACAAUAAUCUGCCAAGGCUUUUUUGUGUAGCAACAACCUAUAGCUAGCACUAUAUAUGCAUCAGUACCUAUGUCUUUGAAUCUGUUCAUGUUCAGGGGAAUGGCAAAACACAGGCAUAUCCUGAAGAUUUAUGUUUGUAUGGUAUUUUUGUACUCUUACUGCUUUAAGUAAAACAACAAAAUGUUAGGUUGAAUGGUAGGCUUUCUUAAAUUUCUUUUAGGAGAAGAAAAGGAAAGAAAGGGCGUUGCAGACUGCCUGGUGUUGAUUCUGUAUUGAAGAUCCUUCCUGCUGAAGAGAAUGAUAAAAGCAGUGAAAAAUGUAAGUUUGGUGUCUGUUUUCUCUGCUUAUGAUUGAACUGUCUAUUUUAAGUAUUUAUAUAUCAACUUUAUCAGCACAAAAAGAUUGCUCUCUAGUCCUAAGAAGCUUACAGCCUUAAGCUAAUAAGGGAAAGGAGGGAGAAAACAGAAGGUGCAGCUUGACUAUCAGUUAAACUUCACAUGUAAGUCUUAUGUACAGGAAAACUUAAACUAUUAUUGGUUUGAAUUGCUUUUUGUUGAUGAUAGUGUAUGUCCUUCUAAAAAGUACAUUCACCUGUAAGGAAUUUGGCAAUACUUCUGAGUUCAGGUUUGGAAAUGAACAUAUUUGGGAUUGGAAUGGAACCGUAGCCUUAAAAGCACAUCAAAUAUUUAAGCUUUUCAACACUGGUAGUGGUAAUUAGGAAGGUUUACCAUACAUUCUGCUUGUUCUGACACUUCAGCAAUUAGAACUCUUCAGAAUCUCUGUUGGGUAAUGUCCAACUUAUUGUUCCUUGUGAAACCAAUUUAUUUUCUGUAAAUUUCCAAUUACUGAAGCAUUGUACUAAGGAGUUUCCCAAUUACAGUUAUUUUUCACUGAUAUUAAGAAACCUUCCACAUUUUGUGAUGAAUGAAUGAAACUUUAUUUGCGUCAGCCAUCGGCCAUAGCAACAAAAAACAUUGUGAUAUACACAGAACAAAAUAAAAGUCGAUUAUAUAAAACACAGUUUGUGAUGUGUUUAAAUGUGUUUAAUUAGUUAAAAGGAAGAUUGAUAAAGUUUUUAAAUAGGCAGAUAAAUCUAGCUUGAGGAUUACCGGUACAUCUCCUUUUGUCAAAUGAAGUGAGUGGGUAAGUGUGCUAAAUGUCAAAGGUAACUCAUUUUUUCUUAUACAGCUAUAAGUAGUUCUUCUUCUGAUGACAGUGAUGAAGGCACAGAUGAAGAAAUAAAGAGUGAAGAAAGUGACGUGGAUGAAAAAAUAGAAAUGGUAUGCCAAUACAGCUAUCUUGACCAACAAAUAAAUAUACACCAUAAAAUACUUCAUGGGCAACAAUCAGAAUUUUCUGGGUACCAAGUGUCUUACUCGCAAAAGAUUAGCUUAAUGUUUGCAUACAAUGUAAAAACAUAGUACUAUGUACCCUAUGAUUUUUGUCACUGGUAUAUCUCGGCAGACCAGUGAUGGUAACCUUGGACACAUGAACCUAGUUCUUCCCAAGCUAUGCCCAUUAAAUAUAUACCACUUAAUAUUUCACAAAUUGCUAAUAUCCAAGCAAGCUCCAAUGGGACCCGGGAGCUCCACUCGGGAGCUGAUUCCUGCCGCAUUGAAUUCAAGCCAGUCCAGAAAGGAAAAAAUCAAAUCUGAUGUCAGGUGGCUGAGAAGUGGGUGGUUCCAUCUGUAAAAGUGACUCAUGAGGGUUGGAGAACAUCAGGAUCUGGCCCAUUGUUUGGAUCCACUUUCCCAUUUUUGUAGUAUACCAUAUAACUCCAGAAUUGUUUUUCACACUGAUCAUGGAGGCGUAUUGUUUCAAAGUACAACCUAAAUGUAAUGUGACUUGCUCUCAAAAUAAUGAGUGAUGUUACAUUUUAAAAAAAAUGUUAUAAAUGACAUUAACAUUUCUAUGCAAAAAAAAAUGUUACUGCGCAGUUGUUUUAAGUGGGUGAUGCAGCUAAGUCAUAUGUGGAGUAAUUAGUGGACAUAAGUUGGUUAUGAUUAACUUUAGCUAGCUACUAGCAUCAGUCCUGGUUCGUAUGUUAUAAAUAAUUCCAAUGUUUCUCUCUAUGUAAUUUACCGGUACAAUGUAUGAAAAGACUUUUAAAAAUCUUAUAUGUAUUUGUACAGAAAGAAGAGCAAGAGACUCAUACUAAACGGGACAUGGAAGAAAGAGCAAUAAACAUUGAAAUUCCUGAAAUCUUGAAAAAAAAGCUUGAAGAAGAUUGUUACUAUAUUAAUAGGAGAAAACGGGUAUGAAUAACUUAAUUAAAUGAAGAUGUUUGAAAGCACUUAUAUCAAAUUCUUGUAUUCAGAAGACUGAACCAUUUUAGUUGUUUGUUUCAUAAGCUCUAUGGAAGUUAGUGAAAGAGUUCUGGAUUGAUGAUGAAUAACUAAUUUAUAAUGCAGAAGGAGUAAUUUUAAAAAUAACCCGAAUUCUGCAAGAGUAUUAUUUCUGACCACUUCUUCCAUGCUAUCCCAGAGGGAGGUUAUAGCCUAAGGAAAGUACGUUUUGUGCUGCUAAGCUCUGGAGCUCUGAGAGGCAAUAUGAUAGCCAUCUUCAAGUAUCAGAAGGGCUGUCACAUGGAAAAUGGAACAAGCUUGUUUUCUGUUGCUUCAGACAGUAGGACCCAAACCAAUGGAUUCAAAUUAUGUGCUGGGGUAUAUGUAAAAAAGGUAAAGGGACCCCUGACCGUUAGGUCCAGUCGUGACCGACUCUGGGGUUGCGGUGCUCAUUUCGCUUUAUUGGCUGAGGGAGCCGGCAUACAGCUUCCAGGUCAUGUGGCCACAUGACUAAGCCGCUUCUGGCGAACCAGAGCAGCGCACAGAAACGCCGUUUACCUUCCCGCCAGAGCGGUACCUAUUUAUCUACUUGCACUUUGACGUGCUUUCGAACUGCUAGGUUGGCAGGAGCAGGGACCGAGCAACGGGAGCUCACCCCGUCGCGGGGAUUCGAACCACUGACCUUCUGAUCGGCAAGCCCUAGGCUCUGUGGUUUAACCCACAGCGCCCUGGCACAUAUAAGUAAAAUGAGUAUAGGUUUUAUUGGUGUACAGUAGGUAGCUGGUGCUACUGGAAUUUCUAUGGCUGCUUUACUCUCCAAACAGAGAAAGCUGGAUGCAAGUUUCUCUUGUACACUUUAUUUUUCUGAGUUCAGGCUUGUCUACUUAAAUGUGUAUUUCAAAAGAAUGGUGGUAAGCAGAUCUCAGAUGUCAUGAACUUUUAUUAUGUUGUUGCAUAAAUAUUUGCUUCAAUUUGGCCAUUGAUUGAUUCAUCUAGCUGGUGAAACUGCCAUGUCAGACAAAUAUAAUAACCAUCUUGGAAUCGUACGUGAAGCAUUUUGCCAUCAAUGCAGCUUUUUCAGCCAAUGAAAGAUCACGGCACCAUCAGAUGUCUUCACACACCAACUUGAAUCUGCACUAUAUCCCACCAGAAAAGAAGUAAGUAAGCACUUUUUUGUUUUAUGUACAGUGGUGCCUCGCAAGACGAAAUUAAUCCGUUCCGCGAGUCUCUUCGUCUUGCGGUUUUUUCGUCUUGCGAAGCACGGCUAUUAGCGGCUUAGCGGCUAUUAGCGGCUUAGCGGCUAUUAACGGCUUAUUGGCUUUAAGAAAAGGAAACAAACUCGCAAGAACUCGCAAGACGUUUCGUCUUGCAAAGCAAGCCCAUAGGGAAAUUCGUCUUGCGGAACGACUCAAAAAACGGAAAACUCUUUCAUCUAGCGAGUUUUUCGUCUUGCGAGGCAUUCGUCUUGCGGGGCACCACUGUAUCUAAAGUAUCGUGCUUGAAAUGAAGGCAUAAGUUUUCAAAGCGGUAUGUGCUCACUUGCUGUAAAUGAACUCUGUCAUUCUGAGGAUAAAGUGAAAGGUUAGCUGACACAAGCAAAUCAUAAUGCUUGAAAAUGCAAUAUGAAGAUGGAUCUCGUUGAGCUGUAAAGGCCAUUGUAGGAGCUGUUAAAAUUACCUUCCUAGUGGGGGUAAUGUAGAUACAACUUAAGGAAUUGGUUUGGGCGCGUUUUGUCUUGGAAGUAAAAGGCAAUUGGUUUUUAAAUAGAGAUAUGUUUGGCAGUCCUUUUAGUAUCAACCUCAUUUUCUGUCCCUGAGCAUAAUCUCCAAAAUUUAAGGUUCCCUAAAUGGCAGCUCUCAGGAAACACCAGGUACAUAUAGAGCCUUUUCUGUAUGUCAUUUAUGUUUAUAUAAAGUCAUCUUGUAUAGUUAAGAUAGUAAGCAGAGUGAAGAUGUAGCAGAGGGUUUAAAUCUUCACUGUGUUAUUUAAAGGGUGUUUGGUGUUUUGCGUGUUUGUUGAUUUGGUUGUUUACCAAGUCAUAAUAUCUAAAUGCACUUUCCCUCACCAGAUACAUCUCUUGCAAGAAGAAAGAUAAUAUCAAAACAGAUGUUUCAUGCUAGUAGUCCAAAUUCUAAACUCAAACAAUAAGUUUUAAGUUGUUUCCAAAACCUUCUAAGCUCACUGCUCGCCUCAAAUGACCUCACCUCUCUGCCUGCCAGCAGUACAUAACUCAUCCUGUCCCUAAGAUCUAUGUGAGUUUUUUCCAGUCCUACUUUGACUUCCCCUGCCGUCACCCCUUUCCCUCAAGUCUGUUUAUUCUCAGCAUAUGAUCUACUCUUCCCCUUCCUUCAGCAACCAUUUUUCUGAGCCCUCUUUUCAUAAUUUCAGCUUCCUAGACCUUAGAUUUCUGGCUUCCCCAAACAGCCUGCUAUUUUCUUCCCACACUGCGUAAAGAAUAUUUUCACCUGACAAAGUGUUUGGUUUGGUUCAGUUACAGUGUUGUAUCUUUGUCCUUGCUUGCUUCAUAUACUUUCACACCCUUUAUACUUGUGAUAAUGUGACACAGUUGUUUCUACAAUGUAUGUUGGCUACUCUGUUUAAUGGGGAAUUGACUUUCUGUGAAUCUGACUUUCUAUUGUCAGCAUCAUCCCUGUGCAGCUCAGUCAGUGGGUGAGGAGUAGAGGAUCACUACUAACUGGUCAGUUUUCAGCUUCUUCUGCAAGACUUCAGAGAUACAAUCCCCAGCUUCCAGCCUGGGGCUUGUGAUAGCUUAGAGAAGCUCUGGCCAGUUCAUAAACACACUGAAACAUCGAUGAAUCCAGCUCUUCUCCAGAGCUUUGGGGUGGGAAAGGGAAGGGAAUUCUCCUCAGUCUCAUGGUGUGCUUCAGAAGCACUCCCAUGUGGCGUGAUGCGAGACCCAUCCAUUCCUCCACAGGGGAAGAACCUUGGUGACUUCAAAUUUUGGCUGGCUAUCAAGGAAGGCAUUCCAAAAUUUGUGGACCUGCACUCAAGAAGCGCAAAUGUUCAUGACUUUGUGCUCUUGCGUGUCAAGGCCCAUGACCACGCAGUUCCCUAGAGUUCAAAUAACUUAAAAUGUACAUUCACUUACAAUUUCUCUUAAAAUUGUCUGUCUUAUGACAUGUUAACAUAUACAUAUUUAGUUAAUUAUAGAAAAUAUUUAUGCAUUUCUUUUGCAACCUUAACUUUCUAGUGUUGAAUUGUGUAAAGAAAUGGUGGAUGGGCUAAGAAUAACAUUCGACUUCACUCUUCCUCUGAUUCUUCUGUAUCCCUAUGAGCAAGCACAGUUUAAGAAGGUGACUUCCUCCAAAUUUUUUCUUCCAAUCAAAGAGAGUGUAGCAAACACUAACAGGUAGGUUUGGUGCUUCUUUUUUUCCUCUUCUCUAGAGUAUAAUUUAAGUAGAUGGUGUAACUGCAGUGCGUUUAACCUUUGCUUGCUUUUUGUGAUAGUGAGAUUGGUUUCCAGUAGGCUAAGAACAAGUAGAAGAAAGUAGUUUUGAAAAACACGGAAGUCACAUAGUUACUAUAGCUAAUACUUUUUUGCAUAACAUACACUUGCAUCGGUAAGUGCUUAACACUUUACUGCACUUUUAUUUUUCUCUUUCUUCAGAAAUCAAGAAGAGCUUUCCCCAAGCCCACCACUUCUGAACCCAUCGACUCCCCAGUCCACGGACAGUCAGCCUGUGACGGGAGAGUCAGUAACACCAAAACGCCGAAAAACCGAACCUGAAAUACUGCAGUCCCUAAGGCGCUCCACACGUCACACAUCCAACUGUGACAGAUUGUCGGAAAGCAGUUCUUCACCACAACCAAAACGACGGAACAUUGAGGCUCCUACGUCAAUGCCAAAAUUGUUUUUGCACCUUGAAAAGAGUAUGUCGUUGUAGCAAGGUGGAGAAAUUAUUUAGUGGGGGCAGGGGGAGACACCAUUUUGUUGUAAACAUUAUUUAUCAUCUGUUACUUUUUAAGAAGUAGGGAAGGACAUUUGACAUGUGCAUGCUGAGUGUUAUACUAGUCGUGGAAGAAACGUAGGUACUGGUGGCACCGAAGCCUUUCCCUCUGGGUAGGUAGCAGGUAUCUUAAGCUUGGGUGCAUAUAAUUUCAACUGCCUUCACUACCCACUCUGCUUAAAUAGACUUGCGUCAAACAUAGAAUAAAGCCCAGAAUAAUCAGCCUUUGACUGAUUAAUGUUCUAUGCCCUUUUAAAUAUGUUCAUGGGAUGGGUUAUUGGUGUGUUCUUGUUCUUGUUUUUAUUAUGUAUUUUGUGUUCUCGUUUUGUAUUUUUAUGUUGUGAACCGCCUUGUGAUCUUCCGAUGAAGGGCAGUAUACAAGUUUAAUAAAUAACAAAAAUAAUAAAUCAUGCAUUAAUUUGGUUGCAUCAAGUUCAUUUGAAUAAAAGUUCUGUUCCUGAUGCAUCAGUGAAUAAUAUAGCUCUCUGCUUUUCUUUUGAAGAAACUCCUGUCCACAGUGGGUCAUCGUCACCCAUCACGUUGACUCCUAGCAAAGAGGGUGGGGCAGUAUUUGCUGGUUUUGAAGGCAGAAGAAACAAUGAAUUAAACGAGGUAAGCUCUUAGUCUUAGCAGGUUCCUAAGAUUAAAUUAUGUUAAAAGAGCCAAAUUUAGCUGGGAACCCAAGUUGUCCUUAGUCUCUUUCGAAAAAGAAUAGCUGCACCUGCAAAUGUACACAUGGCUCCCACUUUGCUGCUUCCCUAGCAUGAGCGGAAACAAUAAACCACAAUCUCUGAGUUCCAGACCAGAUUAUUGUGUCCAAACAGACUUUAUGGCUUGUUUCUCUCCAAACAAAACAUAGCAUAGAGCCAAGGUUUGCUCUUGAAUUACUAAUUGUGGUUUGUUUGAGCAAAACAAGCUGAGAUCCCUGGUUCAGAUGUCAUUUGAAGCAGGGAUUGUGGUUUGUUGUUCCCACUGAUGCUAGGUGAGGAACACAGGGAGACAGAGAUCUACAUUAAUGAUAAACCAUUAAUUAUGGUUUAUUGUGGUGUAUGAGCUGGGCCUAUAUAAUCUCUUGGGGAUAUUAUUAUGGACCAUGCUUUGAUGUAUUCUUAAAUGUGCUAAUUUUAUGUUUAGGUGUUGUCAUGGAAACUUAUGCCAGAGAGCUAUCCCCCAGGUGAUCAGCCACCACCGCCUUCUUACAUUUAUGGAUCUCAACAUUUGCUACGCAUGUUUGGUAAAAUACAUUUUUCACUUUGAAAAUAGAUUAUGUAUAGUGCUAAGGUCCUAUACACAGUUACUUGGGUGUAAAUAACGCUUUGGCCCAGUGAAGUUUGGAUUGGAUUUCCACAGUAACACUUCCAAAUAAGCAAUUUGAGCUCUUGAGAGAAUCUGAGUUUCUCUUUUAGGUAUUCUCCCAUAUCCAGAUAUACUUUAUCUACUCCAUCUUCAGACCCUGGUGCAAGAAUUCAAAUACUGAGUGCUUCCUGUUAAACUAGUAUUAUGUUUGUUCAAACUGGGUGCUAACAUGGGAACCCAGCUAGUUCAUUUCUACUAACUGUUGUGCUGGGGGAGAAAUAAGGAUGGGAUACAGUGGCUGUUGUUUUAAGCAUCACAUGUAUUUUGGGGGGCUGCUUUGUUGAGGGUCACUACAGAUGCACCUGAACUGUCACUCGUUGAAGUGUUACGAAAAGCUGGUAGUACAGCUCCAAACUGGAGGACAAGCUAUUUUAGCAAUCAAGUUGAGCUGCGUAUCCUUGCAGCAUAUUUCUCAUUUGAUUUAAGUACUUUUAUUAACACAUUAUUUGUUCCACAAAUAAUAAACAAAUCACUUGUCCAAUUAACUAGAGGCACCUCUUGACUUGAUCUAGUUGUUUCGAAUUCUGAAGAACAGCAUAGCAGAGCACAUUUACUAUCUUCGUCAGAAACUGUUACAGGCUGAGCCACAAGCCAUUCUGUAUGCCUUGAGGAUCAAUAUACCUUUACAAAUGGAAGAAAACCACCAGAGUAUUCUAUACUCAUGGAAUAUUGUAUUGAGCAGUGGGAAACUUACCGUAUUUUUUGCUCUAUAAGACUCACUUUUUCCCUCCUAAAAAGUAAGGGGAAAUGUGUGUGCGUCUUAUGGAGCCAAUGCAGGCUGCGCAGCUAUCCCAGAAGCCAGAACAGCAAGAGGGAUUGCUGCUUUCACUGCACAGCGAUCCCUCUUGCUGUUCUGGCUUCUGAGAUUCAGAAUAUUUUUUUCUUGUUUUCCUCCUCCAAAAACUAGGUGCGUCUUGUGGUCUGGUGUGUCUUAUAGAGCGAAAAAUACGGUAACUAAACUUUAAAAAUUCACAUUUUUUUUGUCUUUAGACAGUUGCAUAGAAACUGAUUAAAAAUUAACUAUGAUAUUGUUUUUUCCCCAUUUUGCUUCUACAGUAAAGCUUCCAGAGAUACUUGGGAAGAUGAGCUUUCCUGACAAAAACCUAAAGGCAUUAGUAAAGCACUUUGAGUUGUUCCUAAGGUAACUUGACCGUGAAUUAUAGAAAGUCUUUAAGUCUAAAUGUUCAAGGGCACCUAGUAACUGCAAGAGCAAUCAUUUUAAUAAUGGAAGAGUCCUGUGCUAUGUGACUGUUUAGCUUAAUCUGUAAGAAAAGUGAGAGGGUGUGCCCAAGAAGUUAACUCUACCUUCACAAAGGGCUUCCUGUUAACGUUUUAUAUAACAAGAAGCUGACACGUUGUUUGAUUUGUGUAUCCUCUGAUUGCACUUGUGAAGUGAAGUGGGAGCUUUGGUGAGGAGUGCUUUAGAUGCACAACAGGAUGUGCAUGAUCACGCUAUACCUGCAUUGCAUGAUGUCCAAUGCUGUCCUUAGCAUCCAUUCCUGAUACACCAGUGCUUCAGAUUGGUCUACCAUCUAUGCGGUGCACACACAGUUGCCAUUCAGAAUUGAUAUUUGUUCAUUAUAUAGAACACUGAAUUAGCAUUUCUGCCGUAUAAUACUAACUUGAUCAUUUUUCUGAUUUGAGUUUGUAGCUAGUCUUAUUUGUAGGAGGAGUAGGCACUGUGGAAUUCAACUUGCAAUAAUGAUAUGUGACCACUAGUCUGUACCAAUAUGCAGCUAAUACAGUGCCAGGCAACAUUAGCUAUAAUACAUAACUGAGAGGCUGCAAGUAUAUUCAGUUAAGCCUUAGUUAGAGAAACUGGAGUAUUUUUAGGCUGUAACCCUCUGCCCAGUUACUUGGGAGUAAGCCCCAUUAGACCCAGUGGGCUUACUUCUUAGUCGACAAGUGUAGGAUAGUAUCGUCAGAAGCUGUAACUGAGAGAUGACGUAAAAUCAGUUCCAAAAAAAAGGAGCUUUAUUUUUAUUUCUCGCACUGCAGCAUGAAACCAUCAUAGAACACAUGUCUGGCUCAGUCCCUGCAAUCUCCAGUUGGGCUGGGAAGGAUUUCUGCCACUUCCAUUCUGUGUCAAUGGAUUAAAGGGCUCUGCAUGAGGCAGCUUUAGUGGCCUAUGAAAGUGAGAUUGCUGCUCCUACGUAUGCCAAAAAGUAGAGCUGUGUAGAACAAACCUCACUGUUGGCACACCUACCAGUCCAGUUUUUCAUCCUCCCUGCUCAGAGAAGGCAGCUCCGUAAACACUCUUUUUAUUAUUUGAAAACAAUAUUUCCCACCUUCUGUUCUUCUCUCUAUCCUUGUGAUUUGAGAGAGAAACCGUGAGGACACAGUGGAGGUGGCACCAUGUCCUGUGGAGAGCCUAGCACUCUGUUGAUCCCUCAGAGGAGAGAGAGGGCAAAGAGUGUUCGUUGUAAGCAUAUUGCAGAUUCAAGGAGAACACCAAAGGGUUAAAUUAAAACCUUUUCAUGUGUAUUGCAAGUGACAUUCUAAUGUCCUUGGGAAUUCAAAAAGCAAAAGGUUACAACAACAAAUAACUGUGCAUGUUCAGUGAUAGUAGACUUUAGCUUCUUAAUCUCAGAAACCAUGCAGAUUGCACAGGAAAUAUAAAUUGUAACAUGUCUCUGAAUUACAAAAAUACUUGACUAAGUCAGCAAAUAAUACAUUAGAGAAUUACAAGCUCACCAAAUUUGAGUUGUGAACUGACUAAUUUUGAUCUUCAGCAUCAUCGCUGGAAAUGUGGCAAAAAGACUCCAAAAUCCUGAAGGUGUGACUCCCAUUAAGGAAUUUGAUUUUUGUAAUAUUCAGUGUUGGAUGUUUGAAAAAUUACCUAUGUAGGUAUGUUAAAGAAUUACAGAACUGUUAAUACAUAUUCUGAUUUUCCAGGUUUUUGGCAGAAUACCAUGACGACUUUUUCCCAGAAUCAUCUUAUGUCGCUGCCUGUGAGGCCUACUAUAGUACAAAAAAUCCACGAGCCAUCUACUGAAGCAGUCCAUAUUGAUAUAACCAACUGUACAUACUCCAUGGCUACUACUUUACUUCACUACUCCAAGAGAAAAAUCAAAAUACAUUGUUGUAAUAUUACAAAGGGAGUUCCUCUAAGUCAUUCUUUUGAUAUAAGAGAAUCACAUUUCAUUUCAGAGGUAUGCUGACAUUGCAUUCUAGCACUAGAUAACCUUCACUUCUAGAUAAAAGAAGCUCUGCAUUGACUGCGGAUGCAUAGAACUGCAUACCAAUAAAGCGAGGAAAAGGAAUAGAUGCGUUAGAACAGACUUCACGAGAACCAACCAUGCUGCGUUCCACUUUAACAUAAGCUUGCUUCACCUUGAAUUCCCGGAACACCACCUCCAUUUAAGGCGAAUCUAGGAGUGACUAUUGUACAAGUUUUUCUCAUUUGGAAUUUAUAACUCAUUACAUGAAGCUAUUUUGACAUAAAUCGAUAUUUAUAGAAGAAAGAAUAAGCAAGUGUUGUGUUAGCAUGAUCUCAGCUUCAAGAUUUCUGUGGUUAUGGGGGGAGGAGGAACCCAGGAUUGCUUUUAAGGAUGCAUUUACAUUUUCCCACGGUAGGUGUGUUGGCAAUGCCUGAAUAGCUUGGAUUUGGAUUAAUACACCCCAUACGUAAUUUGAAUUGCUUUGGUGAUUUUUUAUUUUUUUUGUCAGCAAUUGUUAAGAACAGGGUGUACUUGUUCUUGGGAAUGAAGAAUGCCAGUGACAAUUACUUUGGCAAGAGUUCUGAAAACCAACAGUGGCUGCUAAAUGAACCUCUGAUAUGGGUUGUUCAGCUUGAGAUGCAGAUUUUGUUUAGAUUAGUUUAGGAGUAUGUGUGCUGCUACAUAGGUAGAGAUCUGGACAUACAGUUGCCUGCUGGCGUUAUCUUAAUGUGGUAACUGUGAUGAUAUAUAAAUGAAAUAGAUCUUGUUUCAUAUACUAACUAGACUUAAAUAACCUUUAGAGUUAGACUCAUAUGCCCAUGCCAGCAAAAAUAGCUUGCUCAAUUAAAAGACUUUAAUUUAGUCUCUGUAAUCAAGAAAGCCAGUAGGCAAGUAAGAAGGUCUCACACGAUCACUUAAGUAGUCUGAUACUAUAUCCACACUACUUGAAAACACACACACCCCACUAAUUUUAUUAGGCUUUGUAUUGGUCAGCUCAACUUAUGAAUUAAGAAUUUAAUAUUUCCAUGGGACAGAGUUCCCUGAAUACUAAGUUGCCCAUAAAUAUAUUUUGUAGUAGUAGCAGCAGCAAUUGGUUCAGGCACCAAAAUACUUCACACUUGUGUCAUUGCUCCCAAAUGUUGGGAUAAUUCACCUAGAUGAUUUCUCCCUAACAAAUGAUUGCACCCUGUUUUCUUAAACAAAAUCCCAGGUUGUGAGCCUAGUCAGUUAAUAAUUUUGAAGUUGCAGGGGAAAUAGCUUUAGACUCCAACUCCACUGACACACUUUCACACCUUAAAGCUUACUAGGCGUUGUAGCUUCUUGAGAUAACAUAGAGAAUGUUAGAGAUACCAGUAUGCCCAUGCAGAUAGCAGGCCUACUAUUGUAACAGGCUGGCUUGUGCAGGCAGGAGACAACUGCGGGUAGAACGGUUGCAAGGUAUGGCGGGGCCAUUUAAUUUGUGGACUAUUGCUGUUUUGGGUGCUAGAGUUUGAUAAAUGAAUUGGUUUCACACAGGUUUGCUUUCCAACUAUAGGUCCUAAGGUGCUUGGAAUGAUUUUGGUCUCCAGUUUGAAGUUUUAUAAUGACAAAAGCAUUUGAUAGCCUUGAUGUAAAUAUUGUUUGUACAAAAUGGUUAAAAUAAUUAAUAAGUUAAUAUAGAAUAAUAGCAAAACUUGAUCCGUAAUUCCUCCCAUUGUGUGUUCAGCUGUAUGGCAAAUGUCUUUUGUUGUAUUCAGUGUAUAGAAAUAAAACGGCUGAAGUGAACCAUUUCUUUAUUUAUUCCUUUAUGCAUUUUACAUAUCUUAGUACAUCAAUUAUCAUUGUUUAUCUUACACUCUUUGACUUCUAUACACUUCCCUCCAUGGGGUCUUAUUUAAUCCUUGUUGAGCUGCGUCUACUUAAUUACCAAAAGUGAACCAUUCCUGUGUAGUUGCUGUUAAACUGUAAAAAAAAAAAAAAAGCAUAUUUGGGAGCCCAAAAUACUACUUUGUGUAUCUGUUAAUUUGCUAGUGCAGCAUGGUAGUUAAAAGCCCUGUUCAAAAGGAUUGUGUCCAUCCUGUUUUCUGGGUACUUCACUCAAAAGAUCCAGUCCAUAUCCAGUUCUUUCUUACAUUUUCUUGCAUGUAACCCAGAGUAUGUGUUCUUAUAACCACAAUGCAAGGAAGCAUAAUUAAAAUUUAUUUAUAGA